UUUGAAGGCCCAGCAAAUCCCAAGCUCCCAACAAACCAUCUCUCACAUUUAUAUAACCCUGUUUAAAGACUCUUUUUUCUCCCAAAAGAAAGCUCUCUCACUCUCUUCCCAACUCACCCCCACACACACUCUUUGUGUUCUCCGCCCCUCCCCUCUCUUUCAGAUCCAAUGGCUUCUCUCUCUCAAAUCUCUACUGCCUUCUCUGCUUCCUUCAAACCCACCCUGGCUCGCAGCACCAGGGAAUCUAGUUUGAAAUCGGUUUCUUUUUCCAUUACCGGGAAGCGCUUCCCAUCUCUCACUUCAAGACGCUUCCGAGUUUCAUGUUCGGCCAAACCCGAAACUCUUAACAAAGUCUGUGAUAUAGUGAAGAAGCAGCUAGCUUUGCCUGAUGACACAGCUGUGACCGCUGGCUCCAAGUUCACUGAACUUGGAGCUGAUUCUCUUGACACUGUUGAGAUUGUGAUGGGACUUGAGGAGGAGUUCGGUAUCAGCGUUGAAGAAGAAAGUGCUCAGACCAUAGCCACUGUUCAAGAUGCCGCAGAUCUGAUUGAGAAGCUCGUCGAGAAGAAAGCUUAAUAAUAGUCUAUCGAGAGUAUCAACAGCCUCUGGACCCUUCUUCUUUAUGUUAUUUCUGUCGUUUUCUCGUUUUUCUUCUUUUUGUGAGUUAUGUAGCAUUUUGGUACUUAAAUUGUCCCUAUCUAUGGAUAUUGUAGUGUUCUUAAUCUGAAGAUCUCUCAUUCUGUUAA